UGGGCUGAAGUACUCUGUGACGCGGAAUUUGCCCACAAUCAGCGAUCCCAUUCAGCCAGGAAUGAAUCGCCUUUCUACCUCAUGAUGGGUUAUCAUCCGCGAGCAAUACCCGCAGUCACAAUCAAUACGGAGCUACCAUCAGUAGAGGAAAGGCUUCAACGACUACAAGCUGCAAGAGAGGAA